AUGCCUCUUUCACCGCUUGAUGCGCCGGUUUGGGACAUCGACCUAUUCGAUAACCCUGCUACGACUAUAGGAGCCCUCAAGGCAGCCGGCAAGAUUGUCAUUUGCUACUUCAGUGCUGGAACAGCGGAAGACUGGAGAGAGGACUACAGAAGCUUUGCAGCCGCAGAUCUAGGAAAUGUACUACCGGAAUGGCCAAAUGAAAGGUGGAUUCGGACAGGCAGUCAGGGUAUCAGAGCCCUAAUGGCGAAGCGCAUCAAGCUGGCUGCUGACAAGGGUUGCGACGCGAUCGAUCCGGAUAACACAGAUGGAUAUCAAAACGACAACGGUCUGAAUCUCAAAAAUAUCGACGCUGUCGACUAUCUGCGAUGGAUGCAGAAGGAAGCCGCUAAAUACGAGAUGAGAAUCGGUCUUAAGAACAGCCUCGAUAUUCUCAACGACGUGUCGCCAAUCAUAGACUUUGCAGUCAACGAGCAAUGUGCGCAACAAGGCGAGUGUCAAGCCUAUGACAAUUUUGUCGCUCUCAACAAGCCAGUCUUCCACAUCGAGUACCCUCUGCCACUCAAUGAGCAAGCUAUGAAUGGCGCAUCCUGUAAAGGGACGGGCGUGGCCGGACUCAGUACCAUCAUGAAAGAUCUCAAACUGAACGGCAUGUCAUACUAUUGCGACGGCAGCUAUGUUGAUACACCAACAAUAGGAGACAAGCUCGACCCCAACGCCACCGCGAACGAGCUCCUCGCGUCCUCAACCAUCGACUACGAAAAUAUCUACGACACCGCCAAGUCACACUUCGUCGACGCAAAGACCAACAAGUACAUCGGACCUCUACUCUGUUCAAGCAUCACUUCUCUGUUCUUCUUCUACACAGCAUACAAAAUCAAGUUUGAGAUGACUCCAAGCAACAGGCAAAUCCAGCGCAGUAGACGCAUACCUGCGCCGUUGCGCAAAGGUCAAGGAAUGUACGUUCUCGCCAGAUCUGUCAAAAAGACAAUCAAUUUCGCAACUCCAUCCCGCCUUCUCAAGCAAGAGCUCCGAGAUAUCCCGGUCAUCCGCCUGGAGAAUGGUCUUGUCAGCAUGGAAGUAACACCGCAGCCUCUUGUAAAGAUCGCCAAACGUAACGCUAAACGCUCACCGCUUCUCUGCCUUCCUGGCGAGAUCAGAAACAAGAUCUGGGUCUUUGCAAUGGGUGGGGACUAUGUCGAAGUACCCGGCGACAGCGACACGCACCCUACCGGCAGUGCAGUUUCUCACCCUCGUUGGCCUACCACACGCCCAUUCUCUGCCUUCCAUCUCCCCGAAGUUUGCCGCCAAAUCUACGCAGAGACAGCGAUCCUUGGAUACAAGCACAACACUUUUGUGGUGGGUUACGGCAUCGGUCGCACUACCAAAACCUGGGCUAGCAAACUUUUACAAGUACAGAAAGAAGCCAUCGCUAGCCUUGCGCCCACCGACAUGUUCCUCGAAACCUACAUUAGCAACAUGUACAGGAAGUCGCUGAGAGAGCACUUUCCAGGACUGAGACAUGUCGAGGUUGGAGCUGGCUGCGUGGAUCUGUGCCGUAGGUUCAUGAGUGCUCAUCUAGACCCUGAGAAGAAGAUGACAACGGAGGACUGGCAAGAGCUGAUUGCCAAGAAGAUCAACGAAAAGGAAGGUACGGAUAUCGAGGUGGCAUUCGGAGAGAAGGCAGACAUGGAAGCCUGGAAGAAAGAAAUGAUGCAUGGCGACUGGUUUGACUGA